AUGAGGGACCCAUGGGACUCUCCAGUUGCAGGCCUGCAGACUGGCUGGCACCCUCAAAGUAGCUUCUUCAUCCUGGAGACAGCUGUUGUCUCCGUGACGACACGAUUGGCCAAUGAGGGAGUGGCGGAUAUAUUCGAAGCCAGAGGUCAACGUGUGUGCAAGGCAGGAAAAGGGAAGCCGUGCUACAAGCUGGCCUAUUUCUCCGAGCUCCGGCGUAGGCUGAACUUCGUAGAUGCAGAGUUCGCCUGCAGACGGGACGGGGGGAAGCUGCUGAGCGUGGAGUCGGAGUCUGAGCAGAAGAUCAUAGAGCAGCUCAUCACAGAGCUCCGCCCAACUGAUGGAGACUUCUGGAUCGGUCUCCGCCGUAACCAUGGAGACGAGAACAGCAGCUCAGACUGCUCCUCACAGUACUACUGGCUGGAUGGCAGCAAAUCACCAUUUAGGAACUGGCAUUGGGAUGAGCCAUCAUGUGGCUAUGAGGUGUGUGUGGUAAUGUAUCACCAACCGUCCGCUCCUCCCGGUCUGGGUGGGCUCUAUAUGUUCCAGUGGAAUGACGACAAUUGUGAAACCAAGAACAACUUCAUCUGUAAAUACACUGCAGAGAAGCCACAGGACCCGUCCCCGUCUCCCAACUCCACUCUAACAAAUGUCUUCCCUUCAUCCGUGCUGCCGUGGAAUCCAAAUGACCGCGACCAGGGCAGCAAUACAGCUCUGAAUCUGAUUUACAUCAUCAUUCCCACCAUCCCCCUGAUUCUGCUGUUACUGACAGCGAUCGGAGUCUGCUGCUUCAAACUGCUGGCCACACGGAGGAGGAAACAACAGAAAUCAGAAGUAUGCCAGACGGACCCAAGCUUCUGCCCCAGCCCGGCUCCAACUGACGUCUACAACGUCAUUCGCUCCCAGAAGGAGGAUGACCUGGUUUCAACUCGCCCGCACACCAAAAACACCUCCUUUUUAUGCUCCUCCCCCGACACACCCACAGGUGACUACGACAACCUGGGGGGGCGGGACACAGAGAGCGGCUUUGUGACGCUUGCCAGCACAGAGAGCUGCUUCCUCAACUUUGACCUCAAUGACCUCAGCCUUGGGCGUCGCACCAACCGUGACUUCUACAACACCAGCUUGGGCCGCUCAGCAAAGAGGGAGUUGAGGGACUUGAAUGACAGCAGUCUGGGCUCCACCGGGCACAGAGAGUAUUAUGACAGGAGUCUAGGUCGUCGUACGACAAAGAGCGAGCAUUACGGCAGCAGCGUGUACGGGGACCAUGGGUUGUAUGAUGGCAGCAUCAGAGGAGGGAGCGACCUCUAUGAUCCCAAACUGAAGCCUGGAAGUCACACAGUGAAGGCUGACCUCUAUCAGACAUACAUCACCAACGGCAAGGACGACACUUACCAGACCAGCCUAGGAACCUUUGGAAACCGAAAAUCCUACCAAGCAAACCUGGACAGCUACAGAAACGGCCUGAAUCUUGAUGCCGGAAGGAGAUACUACAAUGAACAAGAAUGGAUCAACAGAGAAAACUACUGAUCCUCUGAACAGCUACCUUAGUGUGUGUAUAGCAGUGUGUGUGAUUGUGUACAGGACCAAGAGGAUGAAAAAAAAACUGUGCACGUACAUGGUUGUAAAUGUUUGUAUAGUAUGUGUCUGAAGCCUUUUAGGGGAUUUAAAUGAGAUGAGGACAUGCUCAGAUGAGAUUUUGUUACUGACCCCACAAUUUGUAGCUCAUGGGCAGACUAGGCCCGUGUGGCAAUUCGUUUGUGAUGAUCAAACACAAAUUUGUUAAGGAAAAUGAACUUAAAAUUGAAGGAUCAGCUUAUACAAAUUACAACAAAAUGAAACAAAACGAUUUCCAUUCAUUUCACACAUCAAAGUCUGUUUACAGGUGUUGGGAGCACUACUGCACAGGUGGCUUCAGAUGGAGCUGCAUGAAAUCUGAAAAAUCGCCUCAAGUGAUGUCAUUUGAGUCAGCGUCGGUUGGUGCUGGAGACUCCAGGUGUGAGAAAAAAGCAACCUGGGAAGCGUGAGUUUAGCAGACCUCUCAACUCUGCCUGAAGCUACAAGCAGCGGCUACAAAGUUACAUUAGCCGCCACUAGCAUGACACACCUGAAUCUCAUGCUGCAUAUUAUUUACCUCAGAAGUCAGAACUGGGAAUGAUGUCACACCCAAGUUGAUCACAUUCCAGUACAAGUCGGAAAACCAAGAUGUUGUUUGCAGUAUCAGUUCCAUCCAGGUUAGCCAUUACUACCAAAACUGGAUGAUAAAAACGUAUUACGCUGAAUUUUGCCCCUACAGACACCGUAGCUACAUGUCAGUGGAUAAAGUAGGACAGUCUUGUAUAUACAACUGUUUUGAUGAGACACAAGUGAAGCAGAAGUGCUAAUAAACAGCAUAUUACCACAGCUUUCACUACUGUUGAUGCACCGGCCAUCUUGGAUUUUGAGAUCAGGGCUGGUGAGGUCCCUCCGACUUUCCUAUAAAUGUGUAAAGAGAACUGGACACAGCACUCAAUUCAAUGAAAGUUGCUCGGUGGUGCAUGAAACCAAAAACAUACAACUGCCAUGUAUAAAUUACCCAGAUGAUCGGCACUGCUUCUGCAUCAGUCGGCCCUUAGAGCAAGCGCACGAGAAACUUCUGCCUGCCACGCCGGCUACUUCCUGUUCAGUGCUCUGCUAACUUCAAUGGGGAUAAAUGAUUUAAAUGUGCAGCUCUUCUAGACUCUAGGCUUUGCAGGGGUUGUGACACUCAAAAAAAUGUGUCCUCUGAUUUUCUCUGUCUCUUUCGCAAUGCUAAGUCUAUGUUAAAAAGUCUCUUUGGGCACAAUGGCAUCAUGGGAUGGACUCGAAAGUUGUAACUCCACUGUUUGGUCACUACAAAGAUUGUCGUCAAAGCCCGGCGCACUUCCUUAGGGCAGAUAUCCAACUUUAGGGGGGGUUCCAGUUGAAAUUUCCGACCGGGAACUCUGACACUCCGGCUUCCAAGUGCAAGUGGAACACACCAUCAGAGCAAUCUGUUGGUGGUCAAGUUGCAUUGUGGGAAAUGUAGGAGCCAUGUUUUGACAAGAAAGAAGAAUGCAUUUUUUAAAAACUGUGAGUCUGGCAAUGUUAUAGGGCAAUUUCAAAUUGGUGGAAUACUCUUAACAAGCUCUCUCUACAUGACUUUGACUUACGACUAGGUCAUUUCUCUGAACCUCCCUAUUGGUGCCCAUCAUUUCAGUUGAUGCUGCAGUUACACUGUACAUACCUCAAACAUAUUUUCUUUUAGAUAAAUUACUACAAACAAAUGCACACAGGAAAUCUGGGGGCCUUCAGAGGCGACUGAUUAAGCUUUGGUGAGAGGACGCCCAGUAAAGAAGCCACGUGAGACCUCAAGUAUAGCAUGUAGUACCUCGGAUGUGACUGAGUGAUUAUGAGCGACUUUGAUAGUGAAAUGUGUGUGUGUGUGUGUGUGUGUGUGUGUGUGUGUGUGUGUAGCAGCCUGUUUGCAUGGCCUUGUCAUGCUGCCCUUGCUUGGUAGGAUAACUAUCAACGGUCUUGGACCCUUAUGUUUGCUGUGCCUGUUCAAAAACUUUUAACCUCACCCACGUUUACCUGAUAUAAACCGGCUACCUCAAACAGAUCAAGACACAAUAAACCAACACUGCUUGAGAGAGCGAAGGCUGGAUAUUUUCUAUGUACUGUGAGAGUGUUUUGACAUGGCCUUAAACUGUGAGAUAUCCAGAUCUUGCAUUGAAUUUAUUAACGGCGUUCUGUCUCCUACUGAGGAAAUCAAAGACAAAAACAAUGCUAGCAAGUGGAAAGGUGGCUCUUGCAGUAAAUUUGAGUUGCCCGCAGCCUGACCACAGCAAUGGCAUGAUAUUGAAGAGAAUGAUUAAAUAUAGCAUCAUUAUUAUUAUUUAUUCAGAAUGUAUA